UACGGAGCCUGGUUACGAAGUAAACCCGAUAUCUAUGCCCUUCGAGAAGAAACGAAGGAGCCUCAGGAUGGCCUGCAUCGAAGACGAAGACUGCCAGGAAGAGAACAACCUCGUCUGCGCGGCAGACGAAGGAGUCGACAAGGUCUGCCUUUGCGACAGCGGCUUCAUAGAAGACGGCAGCAGGUGCAUAGAUGGCUUCACCCACCCCGGAGACCCCUGCGACGCACGGAUGAUGAAGUGCGCCAAAAAGACCAACAUGAUAUGCGACGGCGCCACCAAGCCUCCCAGGUGCAUGUGCAUGCUCGGGAUGACCUGGCAAACCAACAGAUGCGUGGCGCUCUACGAAAUACUACCGAAAGAAAACAGCAAAGAUGGAAUGGCUUCCACCACAAUCACGCAGAAUGCGAAAAGGAACUUUACCGAGGGGGCAAACUCUACUAUCUAA